AAAGUGUUGUGAUUGUGUGAAAAUGUGAAGGCUUCCGAUUUCCCCCGGAAGUGCAAGUCGGAAUCCACUUUGAAGGGCGAGCGUCAUCGCUCACGAUAGAGCCACACUUAACAAUUCCGAACUAUUCAGUGGAAAAUAACACUGCAGCGAUCAAGUUCAUGCAAAGUGAGGCUUUUAUUUAUUUUUGAUUAUUUUUUUACUUGCAAAAUGUCUUAACCUGAAAAUGAUCAUUACAAACACGAAGUCGUCAGCACGUCAUCUCGGUUGAUGAUUGUCGCAAUCUUCGCCGUUAGCUAUUCUUGUCCAGAAAUAACCUUAGGAAUUCGAUAAAAGUAGUUUUAUUUAUUCCACCUCGAUUGUGAAAGUUGAAAAUGGCACGCGUUGUCUGCAUUAUGAAUAUUAUUGGAUAAAUGAACGCCGCCCUGAGUCAAGUCACAAUGUAACUUCCGUCAUUCAAUAGCUUGUAUUCCGACACGUGACUUCUUCCCAGAAGUGUAAAGCAGUGGUGGUCAAUCAAGCCAAGAUGGCUGUUGUACAGCAAACUAUCUGAGUACGCAAGGGGCCUAGAUCUUCCUGCAAAAAGCAGAUACGAGCAAAAACUUAAACUAUGCAAUAGAAUUGAUCCCUAUACGUCAUCAAAAAAAGGAUUUGUCGAUUGAUAUCAAGGAUUAUGUGCUCCAAACAUCAUUCUACAGGACAAAACAGAUGAAACUUGGAAAAGCAUGGAGGUCUACAACUUCUUUGUGUGUCGCUGGGUCAAGGACAUUGGUAUCAAGACUCUCUCGAAUAAAUAUGCAUCGUUUUUGCUCGGACGUCUGCUAAGAUAAUUUUCUCCCCGAGCACCAGGAGUGGAGCUUCAAGAUGGAGCAGAAGGACCCACAAACCCCCCACAACAAAGAGGAAGAGGAGGAAUACAGCAUCAGUCAGGAGGGAGAGCAUCUUGAAUGGUUGGAGGAGUUCCCAGUGAUUGGUGUGAUUGUAAAGAGUGAAGAUGAUGAGGUCAAAGGGGAAAGUGAGGAGAAGAGAGUGGUGGAAUCUACAAGCAGCAGCUCAACUCAACACAUGACAACAGAAGCUGAUGGAGACCACUGUGGAGGAUCACAAGCAGACAAGCUCUUAGCGCCACUAUCAGAUAGUGACGACACAAGGUCACACUCUCCUGACACUGAUGAUGAAGACUCUAAAGCUGACAACACACACUUGACAUGUUCUCACUGUGACAAAACGUUUAGGUAUCCUAGUCAUCUGAAAAUACACACGAGAAUACACACUGGAGAAAAACCUUUUUGCUGUUCAAUCUGCGGUUUAUGUUUUACACAGAGUGGAAGUUUGAAAGUGCACACGAGAAUACACACUGGAGAAAAAACAUUUGUGUGCUCAAUUUGUAGUAAAAGAUUCACCCAUGAGGCAAAUUUAAAAGUACACACAAGAAUACACACUGGAGAAAAACCUUUCAUGUGUUCAGUCUGUCGGAAAGGUUUUGUACGAAAUACCGAUUUUAAAGUACACAUGAGAAUACACACUGGAGAAAAACCUUUUUCCUGUCCAGUCUGUAGUAAAAGGUUCGUGCGAAGCCAACAUUUGAAAAGACACAUGAGAACGCACGCUGGAGUGAAAACAUACUCCUGUUCAGACUGCAAUAGGAGAUUUUGUGACCGGCUAGCACUUAAAGAACAUAUGAAGACACACACUGGUGAGAAAGGGUUGCGUUGCAGUGUGUGUGGUGAAAGAUUCUCUUAUAAGUACCAGUGUAAGAAACACAAUUGUGCUGGUGAGAACAGCAGCAGCAAAUGAAGCUGCAGGUUUUGAAAUCAACCAUCAAGACUUUGAUAACUUUGACUUUCUAACAACAUCAGCACAUAUAACAUGUAUGACAUUGUUGUUAUGUGUGUAACACAUACUCUUUAAUAUGCUUCUACAAUGUAUAAAUACAAUGUUGUUUUUUUUAGAAUAGUAGGUUUAUUUUAUUCAAGUAUGUGUGUUAAUAUACAACAUUGUGUACAUAUACUUAAAACAACUUCCUAUGUGAAAGCUGAAGCUUCAGUCUACUUUGCCUACCUUUUUUUCCCAUUCAUUUUCCCCCCAAAAAACAUUGCGAAUUAGUAUUUGAGUAUGUAUUUUAUUAUUAUUAAUGUUGCAAAUAAUUGUGAUGUGUUCUUUAUAUGAUUUAUAUGUAGUUUCCAACUUAAUAUAUCUUGUAUGACUCCUAAAAUGUGUUUACCUGUAUGAUUCAAAUUAAGGAAUUGUUACGUAAUUGAUGAAUGAAAGGUAAUUAGUUUGGGUACAGGAACAAUAAUUAAUGUGUCACAGGAAAUGAUUCCGUUUUGGAUGUUAAUUGGUCUGUAAUUGAUUAGCUGAAGAAAGUAAUUUGGGAGUAGUAAGUGAAAGUCCAGUAGGCAGUGAUCAAUACACGUUAUUAUGUUCGGCGGGGGAAAGAGUGCAUUUGAGGUCAAAUCAAAAAGUACCAAAGUGGCUUUUUGGUAAAGCAGACUUGUAAAAUGUUUAAUUGCAGCAGAAACUGUGACUAAUAUUAAUAAAGAGGGGGUAUAAAUUAUGUUAAUAAGCAAAUGACAGCAGUGAUUUAUGAGGCUGCAGAUGGGUCAAUACCAAUCAAAGUCUAUAAAAAGUUGGUACCAUGGUGGACAGAGGGGUGUCGUCAGGCAGCAAAGAACAAAAACAAAAAGAGAUAGAAGGGAUUGAGAUUAACCACUUAACAAAUGAGGAGGUGUGUACAGGAAAUUAAUUCUGUGUCUGAUGACACUGCCAAGUGGAACGUGUAAAUAUUAAAAAGAAGAGGACCUAGAAUAGAUCCUUGAGGCACACCACAUGUGAUCGUAUGGGUCUUUGAGGAGCUUGUAUCCACACUUGGCAAGAUUGUUCUGUCUGAGAGAUCGGAAGUGAACCACUUGUGAACAGUACUAGAGAGACCCAGGACAGCUGCAAAGGAGACAUAAUGAAGAAAAAGGGUCUCGGAGAUGCAGGCAAAUGGGAAAAUAAAGAGGAGGAAUUUGGAUAUAUUUAUAUUUAUAUUAAGGUUGAUGAUAUGAGUCCCUUUUAAUAGCGUUAUUUUUUUGACGCACACGAGUAAUUUUUGACCCUCGGUCCAUUCCGUAGCAAGGGAAAACGUUCAGUUACUGUUGAGCCACAAGCGGGAAAAUAGCGAGCAGAUAUGGACAAAGGAAAGGGUACAUUAUGGAAAUACCAGAUCCAAAGCCAUGACAAGUUGAUCUCGUGACAAGACAAGACUAUUGAAUGCCUGCUGGAGCGCUUGCAUUCAGAGAGGUGGCGCUUCACUUCCGGUUUAGA